AUGAAUGGUACAUAUGAUUCAGUUGGUGUUACAAUCACUGAUUCUACUGUGAUUGCUGCUAUUGCUGUAGCUUUACGAACGGCAGCUGCAUAUGGACCCGUAACAACAAACGGUCGUUCAUGGCAAGUCGGCGCUUGUGGGAGUGGAUCUGAAUUGAGUGCUGCUGGUUCUAUUUGUGCGUGCCCAAAUCCACAGUAUAUCGUUCGACCAUGUAUAGGUAAUUCAAAUUUUGGUGGUGUAAACACCAAUACUUGUGGUGGACCCACUCAAAUAAUGUCCGUAAUAUUUCAAUAUUGA